CGUCGCAGAGGAUUGGAGCCUCCUGCACUUUGAUGAGUCACUUGUUACUUCUCAACUCUUUUCGGCUACACUGCUUUGAGUAUCAGAUCUCUCUCUCUCCUCUCUCUCUCUCUCUCUCUACAAGGGCAGAUCCACACGCCUGAGCUCAAGUCAACUUCUCGCAGUGGCAAUGUUGCGCUUGAGCUCCACAAUUACCAUUCUGCCCCUCGCCGUCUUGCUGCUGCUCUGUGCUCUCCGUAUCGAGGCGUCGGUGCAUGAGUACUCCGGCGAGAAAUUCGUCGGCAAAGGAAAUGCAUUCUUCGUCCACGGCGGAAGCGAGGGAAUUUACUCUUCUGCCCCUGGGCUCAACGAGUCCUCCCCCGAAGACUCUUUUAUCCGAUUUGAAAAGAUUAUAUUCCGGAGGCCACUGGAGCUUUCUAGUUUUAGCUCAGGAUCAGUUCAUGCAGUAGUAUUUGAGGUGGAUGACAGAGAGACGAUAGGGGGCUCAGCAUAUGGAGGUCAAAGAGCUGUGUGCUGUACAGCAGAUCUUGCAAAACUUGGAGUCUGCAAAGAAGGUCAAAUAAUUUACCGCCCAUCUACUAAUAACCCGGGGUGGCCUCAAAUAUAUGGUGCGUCAUUCGAUAUUGAUAUGACAGAGGCUAUUCUUCACCCUAAAACUUUACAAAUUACAAGAACUGGAAUGUACAACCUGUAUUUCAUUCAUUGUGAUCCAAAACUUAAAGAGGUUUUCGUUGACGGGAAAACUGUCUGGAAAAAUCCCACUGGUUAUUUACCUGGUAGAAUGGCACCGCUCAUGAAAUUCUAUGGGUUGAUGUCUUUCGCAUUUGUGCUGCUCGGGGUCUUCUGGUUUUCACAGUAUGCUAGAUUCUGGAGAGAAGUUCUUCCUCUACAAAAUUGUGUUACACUCGUCAUAACAUUGGGGAUGUUUGAAAUGGCUUUCUGGUACUUUGAUUAUGCGGAGUUCAAUGAAACUGGAGUUAGACCAACUGGGAUCACUGUCUGGGCAGUUACUUUUGGGACAGUGAAACGUACUGUAUCGCGAUUGGUCAUCCUCAUUGUUUCUAUGGGUUAUGGUGUUGUCAGACCUACUUUAGGUGGUCUUACGUCGAAGGUUGUUUUACUUGGAGGGACUUUCUUUGUUGCAUCUGAAGUUCUUGAAGUCAUUGAAAAUGUUGGUGCUGUGAGCGAUUUGUCGGGGAAGGCCAGACUGUUUUUCGUGCUUCCUGUGGCGAUUUUGGAUGCUUUCUUCAUUCUUUGGAUAUUUACCUCCCUCUCUUCAACUUUGAAUAAACUUCAGGCUAGGAGGAUGACUGCCAAGUUAGAUAUUUACAGGAAAUUCACAAAUGCGCUAGCCAUUGCAGUUAUUGUGUCCGUUGGCUGGAUUUGCUAUGAGCUGUAUUUCAAGUCAAAUGAUGUAUACAAUGAGCACUGGCAGAACGCUUGGAUAAUUCCCGCCUUCUGGCAGGUCUUGUCGUUCUCCGUCUUGUGUGUCAUAUGUGCUCUUUGGGCGCCAUCGCAGAACUCAACGAGAUAUGCUUACUCCGCGGAGGAUGCGAGUGAAGAGUUCGAUAGAGAUGAUACUUUGACACUCAUAAAACCGUCACAAGUGGUCUCAAAGGAUCUAAAGAGCCCCGAACGAAGAUCAGUGGGGCCCGACAAUGGUUUACCCGAGGGUGAUAUUGAGCUCGAAAAGACUGCUUGAGGUAUUUAACACAUACUGUCUCUUAAACCCCACGAUUUCGUCAACAUACAUAUAUGGUAACUUCUGGACGAUCAUUAGAAAACUUCGUAGAAACUACUCUCGUCUUUUCUCUAUUUCCUUUUUAUUUUCAUAGUUUUAAUUUCUUCUCUUGUUUACCGAUUUAUCUUAUUUUCCACAUAUCUUGUUGAUUGAAUUACAUUACCUUGUUAGAAGUUAUAAUUGCAGUUUUGGUUACCGUGUGA